GCCGGGCGCGGAGGGAUCCGGUCGUGCCUCCGCCCCGUCUGUCUUUGGGGAACCAGAUCAGGGCUGCCGCUACGUUGUCCCCACAGGUUUCUGUGCUCUGUCCCCACGGGUAGCCGGGCUCCUCUCCCCACGGGUGGCAUCUCCUCAUCCCGAGAGGCUGUGGGUGAUGGACUAAUCCAGCCAUGGGUAGUGUGAAUUACUCAAAAAGUCCCUGGCUACAAAGAUUUGCAAAUGGGAAACCUGUGAGAAAACCCAAACAGCAAGAGCCUUGGAAGGCAGCACCUGAUCAAAGCCGAGACAUCAUCGCUUCUGCUCAGUGCAUCUUGGACAGAGAAAAUUUUGUGAGGGAGCUGGACGUACAUUUGAAGCACAGGGAUUUCCUAGAACUGAGAAAGACAGAGCUUCUGUACAAAAAAUAUCUUGAGAAUGUUUCAGAGCCACUUAUGCAGAAAAUGAAGGACAAAAUGAACAGCCAGUCAGAGAAAGAAGUGUGGAAAAGGAGACAAGAACAAUUCUCUCAAUAUUUAAACUACUGUACAAAGAAGGGCUAUGUGUUUUUGGAUGAUUAUGACCCAUCAGAGUAUGAUCCAUUCUUCCAGAAGACAUGCACAGACUGCUGGAAGGUGGGAGCAGGAUGGAAUUCAUCAACCAGCACAAUGACGUCACCUGUGCUCCAGCUGACCACAGCAGCAAGCACAGCCAUCAAAGCUCCUUUUGAAGCAGUCUGACUGCAUUCAGCUGUUCUGAAUGCAAGCAUCCACAGGAAAUAAUCAGCAAGGACAGAAUAUUGACUGUAAACCCAGCAAACUUCCUGAGGAAAGAACGACAGAAUAAUGAAAAGGAAAAUAUAAGGCUGCAGACCUUCCCACUCAAUGGACAGGGGAAAAAAAGCCAGUAAAAGUGACAGCUCUGAAAAGACAUCUCCACCCUCCAAGAGGAGCUCAGGCACUCAUCUGGAAGGAUGUACUAACCAGAGGCACCAACUGCUUUGGGUGACCAAUGGACUCUAUUAAGGGAUAGAGAAGAGGUUUGUUUUGAUAUUAGGAAAAAUUUCUUCAUGGAAGGGGUUAUAAAGCUGCCCAGGGAAGUGGUGGAGCCAUCAUCUCUGGAAGUAUUACAAAACAUAUUGAUAUGGCACUUUAGGAUGUGGUUUAUUGGUGCUGUGUUAAUGACUGGAUUUGAUGAUUUUAAAGGUCUUUUCCAACCUUUAUGAUUCUAUAUAAACUGCUUUUUUAAAGGAAAUACCUUGGUUUGUUUAGGAUUGGAUUUUUUUUUGGAAGGGGUUGUUUAUUUGUUUUGAUUGAUUGACUCUGAAGCCAGCUGACAUGGCUGGGAAAAACAGGUAAAGGUUGGGAGUCUUUCUCCUGCCUCCAUUUUCCCAGCCUGCCAUAAAAGACCAAGAGUCCCCUUAAGGACCAUGGUGCAUUAGCACAGUCCCCUCAGUACAGCCAGAGGGCAGCUGAUGGCAUCAGGGGACACCAGCACAGCCACACACAAGGCCAACACACUCCUGUCACUCCUGGAGCCACCAGCAGCCUCUGAAACCAAUGAAAGGAAUGAAGACAAGAAAUCUGCUACUGUGGAAAAGGCAGUUUCCAUCAGGCCCUGGGAGAGAUAAUAAAAACUUUUAGCCAAUCUCCCCUAAUCAGUAAACACAGGAUACUGUGCUACAACAGAGGAAAUGUAUGAAUCAAUUUUCAAGAGGUUAAAAGCAAAAUCAAGUCACUCCAUCACAGUUGACACAAUGCUCAUUCCAAGCUAUUCAGCUGGGAAAAAAAUCCUCCCCAGAUGGACAAAAAACCACAACAGACAAGCUAGAUCCUUUUAUGUGUCCCUUUAAUAAAAUACAUUUGCAUAGUUAUCUUACAACUUUGUUCAAAUCCGAAGGUGAACAAUUGCCUCAUGCUAAGCACAGCCUGCAUUUGCAUGUCUCAACAACCAUCCCACACGUGACACUCAAGCUUGGGAAGGACAAGGAGGGGCUUUAAGGCAGCACACACCAGAACACAGCAGUUUUAUGGGUUCAUUACACUGAAGUAGCACAAUCCUGCAGCAGCUCCUGCUGCAGGCCAAGGAGUGUUGGCAUUCCUACCAGCAGACUUAUUUACAGGUGUUCCAACCCUGCCCAGGAGAAUCACACAGGGAUACAAUCUGACAAAGCUCUGAGAUGGCAGAAAUGUUCAGUGACCAGAGGGAGAAGUUUCAGUUAUUAGUGUGCAACUCUCUGAUGGAGCUUUGUGCCUUCUGCUCCUGACUGCACCAUCAACCACGUGGAGACAGAGCUUUGGGUGCUCCCAGCCCUCACCACCACGGGCUCCUCACACACCCAGCCCUGCCUCUGGUCCCAGUGGUGGCCCAGGGCCUUCCCUGCAUGGAUCCAGCUCUGGAUCAGGAACUAAGCUUGUGUCAAACCAGGCUUCUGUAGUUUGUUAGUCCAUUAUGCAAACCAGACAGUUACAGAAAUAGCAUUUUGGUACCCGUUCUUGUGCAUUUACAGCACUGUUUGGUUCUCACCCCCUGUGACACCAGGGCCCCUAUUCUCUGCUGGCCCACAGGAAACAACAUUUAGCAAGUACCACACUGCAGGCAACAGCAAACAGCAUAUUUUACUUUCCAUGUUGGCUUCAGUUUUACUUUUUAACCUUGUGUUAAAAAGCAACAUUUAGACUCUCAGCUCUUGCCUGGGAACCAUGAGUUCAACAAAGGACUCAGUUUUCCACCUUGCCCUUAGCUCCACAGCCAACCUCCUUUUUCACCCAGAUAAGGGCGAUUUUACUUGACUGGCUGGGAUGGCCAGCCUAACUCAACUCUAUGGUUUUUUUAUCAACAAAGGGGUGGAUUGCACUCAACCAGAGAAAAAGUAGCAUUUUUAAAUGUAAAGUCUGAUUUAAAUGCAACUUCCAAUAGCCACACUGCUUCAUUGAUACAGAAUAUUAUUUUUAAAGAAUCCUGCUGUAAAUACAUCCUUGGCAUAGUCUUUCCUUUGGAUGAUCUGAUGUGUGUAUCCAGCUCUUUCUGCACCACUGUGCAGGACAGCAGAGCUCUCAGGCAACUGUGCAGGAGCUGUGCUGGGCAGACUUCUGCAAUACAGAUGAAUACUGAAGGCAGGGACUAUGUCCCUCUCAAUCAGCAUUGUUAAGGUGUAUUUUUAUUAUUAUAUUUAUUAUUACACUUAAAAGAAUUUAGAGCAUACUCAGGUAAUACUGAAACAUGAAAAGAUAGCUGUGAAAGCACAAUUGCUUCACUUCAAUACUUUUCAGUUCAGACUUCGAGGCAGAGGUUUCCAUAAUUAUCAGUGCUCACACCUACACAACAACACAGGGCCACCUGUGUGAAACUUUGCCAAAAGUACUGUAAUCUUCAACUGUAUCAGUUUAAAAAAAAAAAUUAAGAAUUAGUGGAAUGCCACUUUAGGAGAUUUCCAAAACAAAUACCUUGUGAGGAUGGGAAGUUGUUUUUAAUAUUUCAAAGACAAUUAGCAGUAAUCUGGUAUACAAGGAAAACUGACUGAACAUUGAUUGUCAGUGUGGCUUAAUUCGCACAGAUGAACAGUGACUUUUUGCCUUUUAGAAAUUACAUAAUUUAGAAGAUUACCUAAAUCUUAGCCUACAGUACCUGACUGCUCAAUGCUACUGGUGCAGCACAACACAUUUCAGCCUGUAUUAAAUAGAAUUUCCAAGAGAGAAUUCAGAGAAGGCAAUUCUAGGUGAGUAGUGUAUUUUAGUAGAAACACUUAAAACAUGGUCUCAAAAGGAAAUCAAGUAAUCUGAAAUACUCAAAGGAUCAUCUAGCACAUUAUUUGCCUACAACAACAUGAUUUCAUUCUGUAACAAAAUACUGGUUCAGACAAAAUACAUCCAGAAUAAAAACCCAUUUGUAGUUUUCUGUAGGCACAUGGAAUAGACUGUAUUGCACAGAAGAUACAUCUCUGAACUAAAGGGCACAUAUACAUUAGUUGAUCAAGGAUUUAAAUACAUAACAUUGGAUUUUGGAGAAAGGCUUUUAAAUCUCUGCAACUGGAUUAACCUUUUCCUGAUAGUACCUUCACAACAUUCAUCUAUAUAUAUAUAUAUGUCUAUAUAGUAAACAAACAGCUUGUUUUGUAAACAUUUCUGAUUGCAUAAGUGACCUUUGCUGUUUCAUAACCAAGUUCAGGAAACCAACUAAAUUAAAUACUGUAUCUAGAGAUCUCUCUUGUUGUUACAAGAGCAGAGAACUAUUUAAUGAGAGAAGUAGUCUAGAAUCAAAUUAAUCCUUUUAUUUAAAGGGGAAAUCAAGGUUACAAGUUCCUCCUUCCCUCCAAACAUUAUAGUAAGCCAAGGGCAGCUCAUACUGCACUGCAUUUCCACCAGGCCAGGACUGUGGGCUGAGGAGCACAGUUCCAUCCUAAAUCUAAAUGCAAAUGCUCUGCCCUCACUCCAGGUUCUCUUAGUGUCUCUCUCCUGGCAACACCUCUUCAGUGAGGUAAUCUCUGCAUUAGGCUGCUGCUCUGUUUGCCAGGAGGAAGAGCAGCAGCUUUCAGACAGUACUUUAAACAUCAUUGCAGACCACAGCCAGAGACAAACAAUUCAGUACCAUGAACUAUUUAAUGAAAAGAAGGGGCAGGGGAAGGGCCUGGUCACACAGGGGCUGUGCAAGUACUUACUGCAGCAACUAAGCACAUUUGCCAAAACUGAAAGCAAAUAUGAAUGAUCAGGAUUUAGAGGAAGGAGGCUGUUAAGGGAUAAAAUGGGUUGAGCCAAAACAACCUGAAUUCCUGCCGUAGUACUACUGUGAAGGAAGAAAAACCAUUAAAAUAUCCUCCACUCUACACCUAAUAGUUCUUUUCCCUGUUAAAAAGGGUGUGAAAAGGCUGGAUGGAGUGCACCAGACCUAACCCUUAGAUCCUGUAGCAUGAUUGUAAUCACAGUGACUAUCAGCAGCAGACAGGUAGGGUUUGUAUCUGGAUGAGCCGUUGAAGGCCCCCAAUUUUAAAAGCUCAGUAUAUAAGAGAUUAAAUCAAGUCCAUUAGAACAAUAAUCAAUGAACAUUUUAAUUCUGCAAAAUAUGUACAUAACAACAUUAAAAGAACACAAGUGCCCAUUCCAAACAGCUCAGAUAAACUGUGCAAAUAGUGGGUCUUUGUGUGUCUGCAAUCCCACCAUGCAAACAAUACUUGAUAUGCAUGCUAAUGACUAUGAUUAUCAA